ACGGCGCGCGCCGGCGGGGCGAGGGAGAGGACGGAGUAGGACGAGCGCGCGCAUGCUGUUUCCGGCAGCGGCUGCGCGUGCGCUGUAGCAGGCGCUUACCUCAUUGUCAGCUGUCAGCACCGGCGUCGGAGCCGGGCCCGAUUUCCGGGGCGUGUGCUCCGGGGCGGGGGAGGGGCCAGCACAGGACGCUGGCCGGGUGCGCGCGGAGCCCUGCCCAUCCCACCCCUUAGCUGCCAGGGGCCGCCGGCUGCCGGCAUUCAUCCGAGACCGCGGGACGCAGAGCCCGGGCCCCCCCGCAGGAGGAGGCCGGAGAGACUCCCCACCCCUGCGUUUUACUCUAGGGGUUGUUUGUAACAAUAGCAGGAAAAUGGUUUUUGGAAAGAAAUAAGUUCACGUUCCAUUAACCAGGGUGGAAUUUUGAGGCUGAUGUAGUGUACAUCGGUGGGAACACCAUUCAACUGUAAAUUGCCUUAUGUUGACCUAACUCUGUAGCGUAUACCAGGCCAAAGAUUGCAAAACUGAAUGGGAACAAUGCUAUGGCAGCAUACUAGUGUCCAGCACAGACAUUAGAUUCAAGAAACUUUCAAGGACCAAUGUACCCAAUAGCUCAUGGAAGAAAAAAAUCAUACCCGAACAUCCUUGGUUUCCAAGUUACCGAAGUAUGGAACAAAAUCUUUAGGGAGCACCCUACAGCCAAUGCCAAAUAGGACAGCUGUUCCCUUGUCAGGGAAUUCUCAUAGCAGCAGUGGCAAAAAUUGCAGCAAACACAAUGGCACUGUUCAUAUGUCUUCCUUUGCUUUUAGCUGGCAAAAGUCAAAUAAAUAUCAACUUGGUGAUCAAAGUGGUGGUGAGUCUAUCUUUGCCCAGAAUUCUAAUGAAAAACUAGUUGAUUCUGAGAAGUAUUCUCCCUCUCAAGGUGGAUUUGGUAAAGAUGUGCUCAGGGUGGGUUUGAACAGCACCUCUUCAGUAGCAUCAAAAACAGCAAAGCAAGUCAACAUGUUUGUGUCCUCUACAGAAGAAUUAAACCAAAAGUCUUUGCCUGGACUGUCUAGUUCAGCGAAAUUCACCAAAGGUACGUUAUUUGGCAGGACUUCGUAUUCUGGACUCAGUGCUCCAAAAUCACAUUUAAAUGGAUUUUAUGGGAAUAGGCCAUCUGUAGACUUGCAGAGGUGUAGAAUUAACUCCAGUGCUUCCAGGACCAGUUCAGGAGAGAGUUUGGCACAAUCCACAGACAAUGCUAAAUCUUUGUCCUGUGAAAAAAUGGUUAGAUCACAAAGCUUUUCACAUUCCAUUCAGAAUUCUUUCCUACCUGCUGCAUCCUUAACCAGAUCACAUUCCUUUAAUAAAGCUGUAGAUCUUACAAGGCCUUAUCAAAAACAACACCUGGCUAUUAGAGCAUCUCAGAGGUCAACUCUGUUGUCAAGAAAUGCCCAACAGUUGGAUGCACCCAGUGGAAAUGAACCUUUAAGAUAUGGAUUUACCAGGCCAUACACUGCUAUAUCAACCUCUGGUUUAAGGAAGCCACCGCUCUCAAAUGGAUCCGGGGUAUCACCCUCUUUGGGGUAUGGAAUGGGUCGUCCUUCUUUACUGAAACCUACCAGACAGCAGUUUACUGGAAAGAUCAUUGUGGAUGACAGCAAAAGUACAAGUACUGACAUGUGCAUAGUGAAGGUUUCUGAGAUUACGGUAAAUGUCAAUGGAGCCAUUGAGAAAAAAGACAUAGAAAAUGACAGUCAAAGAACAGAAUGUGGUGAAGCCCUUCAUGACAGUCUGGGGAAGCAUGGCUCUAAAGUCAUAUGCAUGAAUGACGAUGUGGAUGAAAUAUCCAUAUCUUCCUUGUCCUCUUCUGAGAAGAAUGACCUGAGUGAAGACUUUAGUGAUGACUUUAUAGAUCUAGAAGAUUCAAAUAGAACAAUACAAGUGAAGCAAGAAGUCUCUAUUGAAGAGUUAGAGCAUGGCGGUGCAACACCAGUAGAUCCAGUCGCUUCUCUCAAGGAAAGUGAAAGGACUCAUUGUAACACUGAUGAAUGGCUAGAUAUAGAUGUUUCUGCAGUAGAUGACAAGAAUGAAAACACAAAGCAUACUUUUGGGAACAACUUGAUUUCUCCUGACAUGGACUACAGAGCUGGCUCCUCUUUUGAACUUUCUCCAUCUGAUAGUUCCGAUGGAACAUAUAUGUGGGACGAAGAAGGGUUGGAGCCCAUUGGGAGUGUCCAUCCAUGUGGAAGUUAUGAGUCUUCAGAAAUGAACAGCAUAGAUAUCUUGAAUAACCUUGAUUCGUGUGAUCUCGAAGAUGAUGAUCUCAUGCUUGAUGUGGACCUACCUGAGGACACACCUUGUGACAAUGUGGACUGUGAAAAUAUGAAUCGUUAUGAUAGACAAGACAGAAAUACGCGACAGCAGCAGGAUGGAUUCUGGAAGAGGACACCGCAGCGUUGGAGUACACAAGACCACUAUCACUUGGGCCAUGCAGGCCACUUUCCACAUGGUAAAAAUGACCUGAGCAGGGGCUCCAGCCACUUAGAGCCUCCUAUUGGUCACUUUGAAGGCUAUGGAGCACCAAACAUCUACCAGACUCCUAGACAGUUGGUGGGCUUACGGGAGAACACAGUGAUGCUUGAUGAAAUGACCCUUCGGCAUAUGGUUCAAGACUGCACAGCUGUAAAAACUCAGUUACUAAAACUGAAAAGGUUACUGCACCAGAAUGAUGAGAAUGUCUGUCUUCAGGACAUCCCUCUCUCAAUACCAUCAAGCCCAGAGCCACAGGAUAUUGAGCCUAUAUAUAAGACUGAAGAUCUGCUAAAUGAGAUCAGGCAGCUUAAAGAAGAUCUGAAGAAAAAAGAUGAAACUAUCAAACGAUUAGAGCACCAGCUUGCCACUAGGUGUAACUGUCACAAAGAUGGCCAAAAACCUAAAGGGACGAUGUGCACAUAUGCUGACAAAUUCACACAAACCUCCUGCAGGAGAAGUUCUCCUCAAGUACUACAGCCUUCCAGCAGCCUUCCCAGUUCCACAGACCUCGCCCAGGGAAAAUUAAUAAAAACACCACAUACCGAGGCCCACAGUGAAUACCCUAAACAGGGCCUGCAUGAAAACGGUGAUCAUCACAAUCAAAAUGCUGCAAAUGGCUCUCACACAAAUAGCCUGAAUGAGUUGAACAUUUUACUGAGUAAACGUUUAAAUAUAAAGGACCUGAAUGAGAGUGAACCUGUUGAGGACAAUUUGAAGGUUAAAAAGAGUGCGAAAGAACCUGGAGAGCUGGCUAGUAAUGAAGAUGGUACACUACAGUCUCUUCCCUCUUCUUGUCAGACACCUACCCAAAUGGAUGCUAGAGAUGUGCAGACUAAGUUAGCUGCGAAAAGUCAACCUUCAUCCCCAAACCAGGCUUCUCAGCCAAAGACUUUAAGAGCUUCAGAGCCCCCAAACCAGAAUGCUUUAGUGCCUCCUUCAGUAGCCAAUACUGCAUCAUCCCCAAACUGCCCCACUGCUUCCAAGGCUGAGCUACCAUCACCAAGUAGUGCAACACAGCUACAACCAACAUCUAGCCAGACACACCUAAAGAGUAAACCAAGUCAGAGAAUUUCUAAACUUCGCCCGCCAACUAUUUCCUUUGUUAAAUCAAAACAAAUAAGCAACCCGAUGCUUAUAUGUCAAGAACCUCAGAACUCCCAUUCCAAGACUAACAUCCCAAGGCCGCUGGCACAAAGAAAGGAAAAUGUGCAAAAUCAGAAUACUGGUUUGCGUUCUGGGGAUAGUUUGGCUUCUAAUCGGCAUUCCCGCCUCCCUAAACCAAAGACACAUUAAAAACAUGACAUCCACA